AGUUUUUGAGUUAUUCGAAAAAUAACAAAGAGAGCUCGGGUACUUCAAAACGCUCGGGAGCAGAUAACUAGCGGCAGCUUCAAGAAACCCCCUUUUAGGGUUCUAUUGUCAUCCAUGAACUAAGACUUUGGUGUAUGUAGUAGUACCUAAAUUUAUAAAUACCUAAAUAUAUAUAAUUACAAUUUCUAGGUAGUAUAAGUGCUACAAAUUAUUUUUUUUUCGCCACGUCACUAGUAUGCCUGUGGUAGUUGCGGAGAGCAGUCGAUAGUUGUGCGUUACUAAAAUAUAUUAUUUUUGAAGUUAUUUAUUAUGGGACGUGAUACGAGAAAAGUUUCGAGAGAAGUUCGGAAAUCUGAAAAUAUCCGUAAGUCGUAUUCAAAGAAACGAAAAAAUAUAUUUAACCCAAAAACGGCGGAACGUGAUGAAAGUUUUUGGAGUACAUCGUCUAAAAAACUGAAACAAAAUACUGAAAACGAUGUACCCGAAAGUUGCACCUCUGAAUUUCGAAUAAUUAAUUUUAUUACGGUAUUCACUGCCAUUUCUGCUCUUGUGAAAUGUAAGAAAUGUGAUGGAAACAUUGAAUUUCUAACAGCUAGUACACGUGGGCUGGGAUUUAAAAUUGUAGUUUCAUGUAAUAACUGUGACAGUGAAUAUAUUCCUUCCUGCUCUUUCAUUGGGCAUUCUUAUGAAAUAAAUAGACGCUUUAUUUUUGUGAUGAGAAUACUAGGGAUAGGAUACGAAGGUUUGUGCAAGUUUUGUGGCCUGAUGAACAUGCCGUCUUUUUUAGAUAAAGCUACGCAUACAAUAUUAUUGAAGCACAUUUUAGAUUGUGGUAAAACCGUUGCAGAAGCCUUGAUGAAAAAAGCUAUGAAUCAAGAAAAAGAAACGACAAGUGAAAAUGAGAAUAAGAACGAUUUGACUGUAUCGGGAGAUGGAACCUGGCAAAAACGGGGAUUUACAUCGUCAUUUGGAGUUUCUUCUAUAAUUGGCUAUUAUACUGGAAAGAUUCUUGAUAUAAACAUUAAAAGUGCUUAUUGUAAGCUAUGUGAGUAUUGGAAAAAGAAAAGAAAUACGGUUGAGUUCGAGGAAUGGUAUGAACAGAAGGGGUCUUUACUUUCAAGAUGUGUAGGUGGAUUCAAUCAGAAUAAUAAUGAGAGCUUCAACCAACUAGUGUGGAAAAUAUGCCCAAAAACCGUGAAUACUAGUUCUACUAUCGUACAAAUUGCUGCAUACAUAGCUACUUGUAUAUUUAAUGAAUGUACAAAUUCAUUAUUAAUGAUUAUGGAUACCCUAGGACUUAAUUGUGGGUCUAAUUCCCAUCGGUAUGCUGAAAAAUUGGAUGCUGCACGUGUGAAAGUGGCAGAUCAGCGCGCCAACGACAACACUCGGAAAGGCAGAAUGCUUCGUAGGCAACAGCAAAUUGAUGUUUUGGAAACUUCCACAAUGGCUGAAGAACUAUUAUAUGGCCCAGGAAUAGAUGACUCGAUAUGAAUCUCCAAGGACUUAUGAUUGUCACCGCAAGGACCUUUUUUUGGAACUGGGUCAACACAGACAGCUAUAACUUUGGAAAUUAAAUUUUUUUUUUUUUUGAAAUUUUCGUGACUUCAAGUCAAAACAUUGUAUAAUAAUGCCGUAUUACUACUUUUGUAAAAUAACAUGAUUUAAUGGCAAAAAAAAAAAAUA